AUGUUGCUGCCACUAUUCUCGGUUUUGCUUCUUCUAGGACAAGUUGUUUCUCAAAAUGCAACAUCCAGCACUUCUGCCUCAGCCCCAAUAACCCCACCAACACCCACCAUUUCUUCAAAUGGGACUGCAAUUACAAACCCGGCAGCAUUCACAUCGGUAAUGACUGUCAAUGUCGAGGAUCUCUGGAAUCUUUUCGUGGGUCCCGUUUCAACUGCAGCAGUCAAUACCACUGUCUCGGCGACACCAAUUCCAACUCAUGAGCUCAUUCCUCCUCCAGGGCUAUACUACGACCCAUUUCCAGCUGGGCAGCAAAUUCCCAUGACAGUCAAGAAUGAGAGUUGGAAAUUUCCUGCUGGGUUCUGGUGGGGUGUCGCCAGUGCUGCAUAUCAGGUUGAAGGAGCUGCCAAGGACGAGGGACGAGGACCGUCCAUUUGGGAUGUUUUGUUGCAUCGAGUGACUGGUUACUCUGUGGCGAAUCAGACUGGUGAUGUGGCAGAUAAUCAGUAUUUCUUAUAUAAGCAAGAUAUUGCUCGUAUCGCAGCAUUGGGUGUAAAGACCUACUCAUUUUCUCUGAGCUGGUCAAGAAUCUUCCCAUUUGGGAAUGGACCUGUGAAUGAGCUGGCACUUGCACAUUAUGACGACGUUAUCAACACGUGCAUCGAAUAUGGCGUUGAACCUGCUGUAACGCUUUACCAUUGGGACUUACCCCUCAAUUUGCAAAACAGCUAUGGCGGCUGGCUAGGUGGGCAGAUUGUAGAUGACUUUGUAAACUAUGCCCAGGUUGUAUUUGAGCGAUAUGGUAAUAAAGUACCUCGAUGGUUUACUGUCAAUGAACCGAUUGUUUUCUGUAACAAUUAUCCAUUACCAGACAACUAUUUCACAAAUACCACAAUUCCCAAGAGACAGCAGCCAUUCUGGUGCGGCCACCACGUCCUCCUCGCACAUGGCAAAGCAUACCGACUCGGAAAAUCAAUGGGUCUGAAUGGGACUAUCUCGUUCAAGACGAAUGGUGGAUACAAGAUCCCACUGACAAACUCAAGCGAAGAUGCUCUUGCUGUGCAGAGAGCUUGGGAUUUCAAUGAAGGAUGGUUCGCCAAGCCUACUUUCCUCGACGGAGACUACCCUCAAUAUUUGAAGGAGUAUGUCUCAGGUUUCUUACCUGACUUUACAGAUGAGGAGAAGGCUAUCAUUAAUGGGACUUCUGAUGUCUUUGCUCAUGAUGCAUAUACUUCGCAAUUCUAUAUGGCUCCCGACUCUGGCAUCGAAGCCUGCACAAGCAAUAGCAGUCACCCACUCUACCCGACCUGCGCUAACACAACAUACACCUAUGCCGCUUCAUCCGGUGGCUGGAAUAUUGGUCCAGCAGCUGACCCACUUUCUCCUUGGUUGCACAAAGCUACAGACUGGGUUCCUGCAUUCUUGCGCUACAUUCAGGACACCUGGAAACCAGCUGGCGGAAUCGCUGUUACAGAAUUCGGUUUCGCUGAACCGUUCGAGCUAUUGAAGACGAUUAAAGCAGACAUUGUCUUUGAUCCAAUCAGGAGUAGUUACUACCGAGAUUACAUGCAGGCCAUUUUGAUGUCGAUCAGUGAGGGUGUGAAUGUGGUUGGGGCUUUGGCUUGGAGUAUUGUGGAUAACUUGGAAUGGGGGGCGGGAUAUCAGGACAAAUUUGGUAUUCAAUAUGUCAAUUUAACGACUCAAGAAAGAAGCUACAAAGCUAGUUUCUUCGAGUUCGUUCACGCAUUUGAAGUUUACGGCACGGAUCCAGUUGUCCCUCACUAUGUCUCCACCUAG